UAGUUGGAAACUGGUACCUACUUUCUGCCCAGAGUGAGUGCAUGGGGGCAAGACAUAGGAGCGCAAGGGCAGAGGACGGGUGGGUGACAGGCCUGUCUCCUAGCCAGAUAGAACUUCCGGCUUCUGCACCCUGCUUCGCCUUCUCCAGGAGGCCACACACGUUUUCAGCUGCCAAUUCUUUGCCUUCGCCCAGCAGCUUUCCCCGGGUAAGCUUGGAAGAGGUGCCGCGCGGGCACAGCAGUCAGGUCCCUAGCCAAGGCGCCUGCGGGACUACAGCACUCCGACGGGAGCAGCCAAUGAGGGGCGCCGGCGCGGGAGGCGGGACCCAGCCUGGGUAUAAGAGAGCAGCGCUGCUGUCCCGGCCGCAGUGCUGAAGCCCGCGGCCCCACAGACGUCUGGUGUCUCCCUCUCUGAGCUUCUCUCAAUUAGCUCAGAGAGCUCCAAGAAGAGGGCAAGGUACGCGUUCUGUUUAUUCGCGUCUUUUGCAUCAGCCGGUGUGCCUUCAAGACCUCCCGCGGGCUGCAGCGGCUGCGGUCACCUUGACCAGGCGUUUCUCCUUCCGCUUCGCCUCCGCCAGCCCGGCCGCCCCGUCGACGAUGCGGCUGCUCUGGAAGCUGCGCGCCGCGGCUCCGGAGCCCGCCUGCGCCAACGUGCUCACCCCGGGCCGCAUUCCUGAGUUCUGUAUCCCGCCGCGGCUGCCCCCGCCCGGCCCUCCCGAGCCCCCGCUGCCCGCCGGGGUGCUGCCGCGCCGCUGCGCUGCCGAACAGGACCUGUGGCCGCGCGCGACCGACAGGGACCCGCGCUCGCAGGCUGCGCUCUCGCUGUCGCACCUACCCCGUGCGCGCACCGCCUACGGCUUCUGCGCGCUGCUCGAGAGCCCGCACACGCGCCGCAAGGAGUCGCUCUUCCUCGGGGACCCCGCGCUGCGCCCCCGGGCCCGCACCUACGGCGGCGGAGAGGUGGGAGCCGCACACCUCGUGCCCCCGCGGGCACCAACCAGCGCUGCCCCCUGCCCGCCCCGGAACGCGCCCGCCCCAAGGCCCUGCAGCCGCCGCCGCCCCCUCCUGUGCGCCCCCGACCGCCUGCUCAGCCGCGCGCUGCGGGCCCGAGGGAGUCAUUGCUCGGUCCGCGGCCGUUCGGUGUCCAGCGGGGACAAUGACGACCACGGCGACGGUGACAGCGACGAGCGCCACGCGGGCGCGCAGCCCCCUACCCCGGCCGUCACCGAGCGCCUGCCGGCCAAGAGCGUCGCCACUCUGGACCCCGAUUCCUGCGCGCGUGGCGGGCGGCUCCGCCUGCGGCUGCUGCGCCCCAAAAGCUCGUCCGCGAGCUCCCGCGAGUCCUGCGCUUCCGGCCGCUGCCUCCGUCUGGCCCUGCGGCCCCUGGGCGCCACGCACGAUCAGCGCCGCCUAGUGCUCGGCCCAAGCCGCGGGUCGGCUCCCUACCCAGAGCCGAACUCAAACUGCGCCAGGGCCUCAGGGGAGCCGGCGCACCGCUUGGCCUUGCGCAUCCCGGCCAGGGCCUCAGGGGAGCCGGCGCACCGCUUGGCCUUUCGCAUCCCGGCCAGGGCCUCAGGGGAGCCGGCGCACCGCUUGGCCUUGCGCAUCCCGGCCAGGGACACAGGGCGCCCACGGGGACGGGGCUCCCUGCUGCUGGGCUCGCUUCUUGUGCUGCCCUGAGGACUCACGGCCCACUGCCAGGGACUUCCGCAAACUGAAAGCUGUUUUGUACAAAAUAAAUGUUAUUUAUUCAUUUUUCUAUUUAA